GAGAAGCUCCGGUACAGGAACGUGCAUCCAUCCUAUCUAUCACCGUACCGAGAAAACUUUCGUGACACCAUUUGGGAGCAACGACGAGACCACCGUCGCUUUUUACAGUCCCCAAAUAGAUAAUUCCCGAUAGCACAUCUAAUGUUCACUUAAGGUACGUCCAAUUGGGUUGUGAGACUGCAGAAUCACACGGCUGCCAUCUUGGGUGACGCCCUGGCCAUCCGCGUUUCUGCCCCUCUAUUGACUUUGUGGAUGCCAUUCCCGAGCUUGACUCAUCCCACCUGCGCCCAACCAGUCCUCUGCUGCCAUACACAGGACUCACAACUGACCGCUUGGUAGCUGCCGGCGAUCAACCAGACACCCACGACUUUCAAUUCUUUGCCUGACUGGAGCUGGAACAUCCUCAGCCAUGGAUCUGGUCAACCACCUAGAAGGCCGGCUGCUCUUCGCCGUUCCCAAGAAGGGCCGGCUGCAACAGGCCACGCUUAACCUGCUCGAGGGCGCCGACAUCCAGUUCCGCCGGGAGAACCGACUCGACAUCGCCCUCGUCAAGAACCUACCCAUCGCGCUCAUCUUCCUCCCCGCGGCCGACAUCCCCACCUUCAUCGGCGAGGGCCAGGUCGACCUGGGCAUCACGGGCUACGACCAGGUGCAGGAGUACGAGGCCGGGUACAGGAGCUCGGCGCGGGCCCGGCGCAUGUCCGGGGACCUGACGCCCGCCGACGGCAAGCCCCGCGGCUGCGAGACGGUCCUGGACCUCGGCUUCGGGGCCUGCAAGCUGCAGGUCCAGGUCCCCGUCAAGGGCAGCUACGCCCACGGCCGCGACCUGAUCGGCAAGAACAUCGGCACCAGCUUCGUCCACCUCGCCCAGGAGUACUUUGCCCGCCUCGAGCUCGAGCAGGACGGCGAGCAAGCCAACGGCGACUCGUGGGAGCCCCCGCGGAAGCUCAAGACCAAGAUCAUCGAGCUGAGCGGCAGCGUGGAGGCGGCGUGCGCCCUGGGCGUCGCGGACGGCAUUGUGGAUCUCGUUGAAUCCGGCGAGACGAUGAGGGCUGCAGGGCUCCAGGCAAUAGACACGGUGGUCGAGUCCUCCUCGAUCCUGAUCAAGUCAAAAGCCCCCUCACAACCAGAGCUGGUCGAGCUGAUCGCCUCGCGCAUCCGCGGCGUCAUCACCGCCCAGAGGUAUGUGCUCUGCCAGUACAACAUACCCCGUAGCCAGCUCAGCCAGGCUACCGCCGUCACGCCCGGCAAGCGUGCCCCCACGAUAACGCAGCUCGAGGAGGAGGGUUGGGUGGCCGUCAGCGCCAUGGUAGAGAAGAAGAAGAUCGCCCCCACGAUGGACGAGCUCGCUAAGGUCGGCGCUACGGACAUUCUGGUUAUCGACAUUCACAACUCUCGAUCCAACUGAACAUGGCCUUGAAAGCCGCAGGGAGAAGGGGUUCGAGCUCGGUUCAGUCUUGUAUAUAGGCUUGAAGCUUCUGGAUCGACAAGCCUGUACAGUGUGCAUGCAAACCUGCGCCUAACAUACUCUUCUAUGCGUGCCAAAAAAGGUUGGGCAGAAGGUCCAAAAUGUGGAGCAAAUCCGAGUUACCUUACCCUUUACUUCCCACUGGCACCGCGCUCUUCAUCAUGGAAUAUGUGAUUCUCGAAAUGUGGCGUGGAAAUA